CGCCUUCUGUCGUUGCCAGGCAACAGAGGUAAACAGCCCAAAGUGGCAGGAUCAUGGCCGCUAACUACAGUGCAAACCAGUAUGAGAAAGCUUUCUCAGCCAAGUAUCUGCAGAACUGGUCGCCCGCCAGACCAACAAAAGAGAGAAUUUCUUCCCACGAAGGCUACACUCAGUUUAUCGCCAAUGACCGUGGCCAUCUGCUGCCCUCAGUGCCCCGUUCCAAGGCAAGUCCUUGGGGAUCCUUCAUGGGCACCUGGCAAAUGCCUCUGAAGGUGCCCCCCGCUCGGGUGACCCUGACCUCCCGUACGGUGGCCAGUGCUGCCUCCCUCACCAAAUGGAUACAGGAAAAUCCGGAUUUGCUCAAAGCCUCCAAUGGGCUGCGGCCUGAAAUCUUUGGCAAGCCUCACGAUCCGGACAGUCAGAGGAAACUGGGGAAGCCGACCAGAAAGACCGUACAACAGGCACCAAGUCCCACCAUGAUCCCAAGCUCCCCAGAGGCAAACCUCCGUUCCCCGGACCAGCCCCAAAGCCCACACCCCUCUGCAGGUCACACUCCAGGCCCCCAAAGCCCACCCAGCUCUCCUAAGAGCCCACCUGGAAGCCCAUGGAUGCCGGAACCCUGCGCAUGUCCUAACCGAGCUGAGGUCCAGGAGCACAAACCUGGAAGUCCACAGGCACCAAGGGACCACCCUGAGGACACCUGUCUAGAGAUGGAGUGAAGUAAACGAGACCCCGGGUGAAGAAGGCAGAACAGGGAAAUCACAGGGUGGGGAUAAUGGUGAAUGUGGAAAAUAAACAUUGUUUGUGGAAUCUUUUA